UGAUGCAAGCCAGUCCACAGCUGGGUACGGGGCGUUGCCAUCGGAUCCUCUCGGCAUGCGUGCGCGCAGAGCGAGACUGCUCCACAGACAUCAGGAGGACGGGGCAUGUUGAGAGUCGUUCGACAUUUCCAACCGGCCAGAAGAACGCUGUGUGACCAACAGCUACUCGCACCAGCGAUUGUAUCGCAUGACGAGAAGCACCUUUCACGUGCAUGGAGGCUUUCAUGGGCAUGCCAUGUCUGGACUGAAGCCGCCGACUCCUGCGUCCGCAAAAUCUCGCCUGCACUUGAGCAGCCAUGUUCUUUGUGCGACACUCAAUUCCGGCGUCGUGGAUUGCUUACUUGGGGUUGCUGGGCAUCCGUAGAUGGGUGGAAGAUGCCAGCCAAGAGACAGCCAAUCCCCAAGGGUCGCUGUGAGACAAGAGAGACGUGCGUCGACUUUUCCUCCACGACAAGUGUAACUUGCCGUGGCAUGGCCAUGGCCUCCAGCAUGGCUGCUGUCGAGUGUGUAUGGAUGCAGCUGAGACAACCUGUGGCAGCAUUGCAUAUACACUUUGGGGGCACUUGGUCGUGACUGGUUGAUUAUCGCAUCCCUGGAUGGGCCAGUCUGCAGUACGUCGCAGAAGGACAGUCAAUCACAAGGCGUGCU